AUGGCGCGUAAAGUUGGCAAAAAGGCUAAGGCCAAGAAGUUUAAAGGCAACGAAGCAUAUAUACCACUGGAUGAGGUACCGGAAGAUGAGGACAGCGACGCCGGAGAGUUCCAGGCUAUGGGACUGCCAAAAGAUAUAUCACCAGCUGACUCAGAUGAGGACGAAGAGUACCCAGAAGAUGAAGAGGAUUACGAUGAAGAAGCGCAAUAUAGCGAUUCCGAGGAUGAAGAAGAUGAACAUGAUAACAGGGCCUCUUGGGGGAAAAAAUUGAAAAAUUACUAUGAUGAUGGAUCGGAUGAUUACUCCGAUGCUGAUGACAUCAAUGAUCGCAUAGCAGAAGCGAAUCGCAUUGCCGAAGAACUUUAUGCAGACGUAGAUGACGAGGAUGCGGAAAUUGAAGAUAUGGUAGAGGAGGAAGACACUGAUGUAACGUCAACGGCAUUAGAUGCAAUAUUGGAGGACCUGUCUAGUUCACUACGUACCCAUAGUGAGAAGAUAGAAUUGCCAUCGGAUUUCUUCAAAUUAAACGAUUCUGAGAAGCUGCAAUAUAUGGAAAAUGAACAUCCCGAAUUCCUAGCACUGCUGAAGGAAUUUAGAGAUAAAGUUAAGGUAGUUAAUGAACAGGUUCUACAGUUAGUAAAUGAUGAAAGUAUGACCAAAUUGUGUACUAAAGAGGGAAUGGAAUAUUUGGAUAUACGCAAUGAGCUCAUGUUGAUGUAUGUAACAUACCUGAGCUACUACUUGCUACUUAAAACUCAUGGGAUGCCCGUAGAAAAACAUCCAGUUAUCACAAGACUUCUAGAAAUAAGGAUCAUGCUAGACAAGGCAAGGCCUAUAGAAUCAAGGCUACAGUUUGAAAUCAACAAGCUACUUGAUGAACGGGGAUCUCAACCCGAUGGUGCCACACCAAGACCCAGACCCGAUCUUAUUGAAGUGGAGACCCGUGAAGAAGAUGGACUAUACAGACCACCGGGACAACUUCCAUUAGUCGAAACGGAUGCAUAUGCGCGACAUCAAAAGAAGAUGCAACGUGCUGAAAAGGUCGUCAGCGGAAAACGAAUGCUAGAACAAGCUAUGGAACAAGGUGAUGAAGAUGCUGAUGAUCUAGAGCACCGCGCUACAACUAACAAGACCGCCAAGAUGAUCAAGGCGUUACUUGAACGUGAGCGUUAUGAGAUGGAACACAUGAAACGUUUGCCAAUGAACAAAUUGGCAAAGAAGGAACUACGCGAAUUCCAAAAACACCAAAGGAACAAACAAGGUGGUAUCAUGCUGGAAGAUUUGAGCAACUUCGCUUCCGAAGCAAUGGAUAACAGACACUCGAAACGGAACCUACUUGUAGGACUAAACGCAGCAGCACAAGCUAUGAGACAGGAUAUACUGGACACCGAGAAGAUACGUGCCUCAGAUGCAUAUUAUAAACCACACGGAACGAAACGGCAGGGGAAGACUCAGGCACCCGCUACUACUCCUCAUAGCGCAGCACAACGAAAGCGGAAGUUUGAUGAUGAAUUGGAGCGUAUGCAACGCCAUCAAGCCAAAUUGAAAACGACACUUAAGGAACAACGUCUAGAAGGCUCUAAGAAACCAUUUGAACAUGUCGAGAUAGAUGGCAAGCGUGUGGCUGGUUCCGAUAUACUACGUAACAAGGGUCUCACGCGGAAACGUAAGAAGACGUCCGGAAAUGCUCGUGUAUCUAACCGUACCAAGUUUGAAAAGAAGGUCGCAGCACAUAAAUCUAAGGCAAGCAGUACCAGGUACGAGACACCUGGAUAUUCCGGCGAAAGCACGGGUAUCAAUGCAAAGAAGAAGAAGUCCGUAACCUUCUAA